CGCUGUGUUGAUAAAACCAAAGCAAAGUCAUGUGUCGGUGACAGAAGAUCAUGCCGAUUUCCUUCGAAAGACGUGAUGUGAUAGAGGUGUUGAAAACAUAAACCAAAGCAAAGCGUAUUGUUAGGAUUGUCUACUCUGCCUAAACCCGAGAAAACUGAACCAAAUGGCAUCAGGGACGGAUUCAGGGACGGAUUCAAGGACGGAUUCACGGAAGGAUCCAAAGUUGGCUUUAACUGAAUUGCCCAAAGGAGUAAAAGAGCUGUGCGAUAGUUAUAAAAAAUUGAAAGAGUCUCUAGAUAAUCUUGAGAAGAUGGUUGUCAAAAAACAAGACGGAGCCAUAGAUCAGGCAAUAAUGGUAACCCGGCUGGAGAUGGAGACAAGUGCUAAUCUGAAGUUUUAUUUAUCAACUUUUAAGAAAAUGACUACCGAGACAGAGUUUACAAAUCUAGCCAUGAAUGGGAGAGGAGCGAUGAAUGAUCUGAAAAAAGUACUGAGCAAGGGCGAGGUGUCGAAAGAUUCUGAAAGCGAGGCAGAAGGCUAUCAAGACAAUGAGGGCGAAGAUGAGAACCACAGCUUCGACGAAUUUAUGGAGUCUAUCGUGGAAAAAACACCUGAAAUUGCAAAAUGCUUUUUGUGGAUUUUUCAAGGUUACAUCAAGGAGCAACUUAGAAAAGCUUUUGAAACAAUAAGGGGUGUUUAUACAGCACGGAGUAAAGCAGUUGGCGAGUGUGUAGAGGUUCUUGUAAAUAUGGAACUCAAGCUUAUUAUUGUUUGCAAAUUAGUCAUUAUAUUAUUCCACGCGAGCAGUAACAACAGUUUGUGCUGUUUGUUGAGACCUUCUAAGAGGUAUUGGGGACAAGCGACAUUGCUAAAAAAAUGUGGCGACAAUCUUGUUCCGAUGAAACGAUGAACCAACCGCCGAAAAAAACUGACAGAAAAGGUGCGACUUUUAGCAACAGCGGCAUUGUUAAAAAUGUAGCGACAAUCUUGUUCCGCUGAACCGACAGCCGGAAAAUACGGACGGAAAAGGAGCAACAUUUUGCGACAACGACAAUACAUUUUUAAUUUCGACGAAGCGACAAUUCUUUCGCUUUGAUUUUUCUGACUGAGGCAUCGCAGGCGGUGUGCGCACUCCGAUUGCGUUGCAUUGUGGUAGCUCUAUUUCCAAUAUGGCGAUGAAAGCGUUAGAAAUCGGCACAUUUUGACUGAACAUUCCGUAGAAGUUAGACCGUUCCUUUUUCCUUUCACCGUUGGUAAAUAUAAUUUUAUUUAUCGUGAAUGUAUAAAAGUAUUUUUUGUACGUAUUUGUCGCGUAUUCUAUGGUUCUCAAGGACAAACGCAAUCACUGUUUUUUUAGUAUGUAAUUUGAGACCAGUUUUC